UACUUUGUGAUGUGCGGAAGUGCUAUCCGUCUGAUCUCCCACUCUUUCGUCACUCUGAUGUGCAAAACUCAUAAGGCUGCAACCACAACCUAGACAGUCAAUUUGGGGGUUCUUCAGAUGUUAUUUGCAAAAGUAGUAUAUUAUUUAGUCUAAUAUCCCUCUAAUUCUUUCAGUAGAUAGAGGAUACUGCUGAAUGUGGUGUUGAAAUCUAUCGCUCUGAUUAUUCCGAUAUUAAGUAUCUCCCUAUCAAAUCACACACAACGUCAUCACAGAUCGUCGGAAGCAUCAUGCAAGCGAUUUUGGGUAUGCUGGGAUUCGGUCCCAAGAAGGAGCUUCAUGACUUGGAAGGAAGAGUCGCAGUCAUUACGGGAGGUGCUCAGGGUAUUGGAUAUGCAGCAGCCCGUGGAUUCUUGGAAGCAAAAGCGAAGGUCAUCCUUGUCAAUCGUCAAUGGGAUACCGGAUCCGAUGCGAUCCACGAGAUCAAGAAUGAUUUCGGCCCCGACGCCCUGGUAGAGUGGUACCAUUGCGAUCUGGGGAAUCUGAAGGAGACAAAGGAAGUAUUUGACGGGAUUCGAGAGAGGGAGAAGAGGUUGGAUAUUCUUGUGCUAUCAGCCGGUAUUAACGCGAAUAAAUUCAGCCUCGACCACGACCACAUUGAAAGCAUCUUUGGCGUCAACUGGCUAGGCCAUUUCUACGCUCUCAACCGUCUCUAUCCUCUUCUCCGAGAGACGGGGAAGAUGAACCCGCCAACAGCACCCAGGAUCAUCCUUCAAUCGUCUGAGGUGCAUCGUGCUGCGCCGUCAACUGUGCAGUUUGAGUCAAUUGAUGAAAUCAACGAUGCCAGGUUGGGUCCUGUGGAACUGUACGCUCGAUCAAAACUGGCAAUGAUUCUGGGUGCCAAAUAUGGGCUUUAUGAAAGGGUUAUCAAGCCGAAUAAGGAUAAUGUUUAUGUCAUUUCUGUGCAUCCAGGAGCGGUCAACACGGCGAUGCAGCAGCAGUGGAAGCAGGCAUAUCCAGGCCUUCUGGGGAAGCUGUUAACUAGUGCGAAUUUGUCAAUUGGACGGAGCCCUGAGCAGGGCGCAUAUGCCACGUUGUAUGCCGCAACCAGCCCUGAGAUCGAGGAGAAAGGUUGGAACGGCGUAUACCUCACUAAUCCAGGCCAACUGGGCAAGGAGAGCUCGCAAGCCAGCGACCCGGGACUCGGCCUUAGACUAUGGCAGCUGAGCGAAAAGUUGGUCAAGGAGAAAGUCGGAGCAGAUGCACUCAACGAUUGGCCGGAAUUGGCUGUUUAGGGUAAUCCCUUUGUUAAUUUUGUACGGUAAUAUCACAUCGCGAUCCAUGUAGGGUUUUUUUCCAGGCCGAUGCGCCGAUGCAGCAAGCACAUCGAAGGAGCUGCUUUGAAAGUUGAACAAAGAGAAAACAGAUCUACAUCAGCAGAUUGAGAUACUUAACUGGUCCAAACAUUACAAAGAAAUAUGAGAUCAAGUCACAGCCUUGGACAGUAUCACCUAGGCUAAACACGGUUCUAAUCAAGACAAAUAUUACCAGUAAUAGGCGAGUAAUUAAGAUUCUCAU